AUGCGAUUUGAGGUGCAGUCAUCCAAAAUCGUCACCGAUGGGCGUUCAUCCAAGACCAAGAACAUCCGUUCGCCGGCGAAUAUAAAAGCAGCUAUCCCCUCGAAGAAUUGGCCAAACAAAAUGCAGGUGCUCCAUGUGCAAUUGUUUAUUUUGGCAGCAGUUGUUGCUGCUUUAGUACGUGGUCAUGCGGUGGAGAAGGAGCAGCCGGCGAGCCACGCCUAUGGACCACCCAUACACAUUAGCUCGGGUGUACUCCAGCUAGCUCCGGAUACGGAACAGCCCCAUCUGCUGCUGGUGCCCAGCUCGUACUCUGCGUCACUGGGAAAUCCCUGGCCGCAUUUCUAUGUGGACACCUUGACGGCUUCGCACCUGCCACAUUCAGUGAUUCCAUCGGUUCCAUCGAUACCUUCGAUCCACGAGCCCCGCAUCGUGGUCAAUGAUAAUGUGGACUUUUCGCAACUCAAAUUGCCCCAGCAUCAAGUUGUCCACUCCCACGGCCGUUAA